CAGCCCGAGCCCGUCGAAGCCAACCAGCGGGCUGGGGAGAGCGGCGGACGUGAAGGGAGCCUCCACCAAAGACCAUCGUUAAGCAGCAGCAGCGGCAGCUUCCGCGGGGAACGGACCGAGCCCAGGCUGCGCUGCCAUUGCCUCUUGCCGACCCGCACGUUCUCUUAAAAACAGCCCGGAGCCUUAAAGGGACCGCCCCGACCUCGCCACUAAGCCAGCCAUGAGCCAAAUCCAGCGCUGGAAUGGGAGCUGCGUUAGCAACUGCAGCCGGGCGGACAUGGUGCCGGAGAUCGCCGCCGCCGUGGGCUUCGUGUCCAGCCUCCUCCGCACCCGCGGCUGCGUUAGCGAGCAGCAGCUUCAAGUUUUCAGCGGGGCCCUGGAAGCGGCGCUCACAGAGCAUUAUAAACAUCACUGGUUUCCUGAGAAACCCUUCAAAGGUUCUGGCUAUCGCUGCAUCCGUAUCAACCAUAAAAUGGACCCUAUCAUCAACAAGGCAGCUAGCCAGAUUGGACUCAACCUCCAGCAGCUAUAUCAGCUCCUGCCCAGUGAACUCACACUCUGGGUGGACCCUUAUGAGGUAUCCUACCGGAUUGGUGAGGAUGGAUCCAUCUGUGUUCUAUAUGAAGCACCUGCAGCACCUGUGAGCUCCUAUGGGAUGCUCACCUGCAAAAAUCAGAUGAUGCUGGGGCGCACCAGCCCUUCCAAAAGCUACAUGAUGACAGUCUCCAGCUAAGCACUCCCUGUUGUCCUUACACUGCCAAGACAUGGGCUACUGUAUACCUCACCUGAGGAUGUAUUUUUUUAAAAAUGAAGAGCUAUUUAUAUUUUUUUUAAAAAGAGAAAAUCCAAAAUGAAAUCAAAUAGUAGGCACCACUCUUCCGUGGAGUGGUGUUGAGGUGCCUUUUUAAAAGCUGUUGCAAGCUUGCGAGUCUAUUAAAAAAAAAAGCCAGUAUCUACCUAAUUGGUGUUGGAUGACAAUUCUGGAGGGUUGACCUACCUACCUGGGAAAUGCAGGGUUGGAAACAAGGGGGGUGGGGCAGGGCACAGCACUUUUCAGCAGUGACUAACUAUGGGGUAAGUGCUACAACAACUGUGAAUCUAAAGGCCAGGAUGGUAGUACUUAAGUCAUGAACCCUACAUGUUGAGAUCGGGGUGUCAUGGCCUCAUUCUAGCUGUGACAGUUUUCCUUAAAAGUCCGCUCAUUUUUAUUAAACUGAUAUACAAGUUCUGCUUCACCACCAGCUUCACCCACUAUCCUAAUCUGAGCAAUUCCUUCUGCUUUCUCAUGGCUUAAAAGCAUUUUACUAAAACACAGUCUCAUUGAUAGCCACUUUCUUUGGUCUAUUGGGUGUUGAGUUUCUUAAGUGCCAGCCCAUCUUUUUGCACAAAACUUGAUUUCUUUCUUUCUUUCUGCACUGCAUCCUGUACCUCAUGCUCAUGCAAAAUUCCAGUUGGCACACAAAUGUGUGGUUUCUAAAAUCAUAAGAUUUGCUUGGGGAGGAGAACCAGGAUCUGGGCUGAAUCACUGGCUGGUUACUCUGUAGCAGUCAACUCCCAUAAAACAAAAAAGUGCAAUGGCCAGGCCAAUGUGAACUAACCUACCUACUGGGAGAUGGCCUUGAUCAGGGUUUUAUCUGUUCUGAUGCCUUUAUCUUGACCUUGUAAAAUUCCUGACUAUGCUGCCAAUAACUGCUGAGACGUGAUUUCAAAACCAGGGCACUUAACUUUUCUUUUUUUAAAGACCAAGAUCUUCAGAGCACUAUGUGGUGUUGGUUUUUCUCUUGCUUUGAAGGGAUGACUGCUUUGCCAUCCCCAGAGCUUUUCCUCCUCUGCCUUUUGUGAAUUGAGUUCUCAAGACACUGUGCAAUAUAUUUUCCUAAAAUUUGGGCACUCUGGAGGAGGAGAGGCUUCUGAGGGACAGUUUUCUGUUCUCGAAGCAGCUGUUAACUUUUCAAAACAUUUUCUCACACAACUCUUAAGAUGUUUUGUGCUCGAGUGUAUGAAUGUUUGAACAGGGAAAUCUCAGCACCGCAGUGGCAUACCAUUGAAGGGGUAUUGUACAGAAUAGGUUUUUUUAAAGACCACCUUUUUAAAAAGCUGGAACCUGCCAGGAAGUUCUCCCGGGCAACCUCUAUUGAGAUGGGUAGAAGUUUAACAAGAGUGUCAACUACACAGUUCCUAUUCAUUUCAGUUGGGUUUGCAUGGUGGGAAGUUCCUUGCACCCCAAAUUUUCUAGCAGGUGCAUCAGCCCAUCUGUGAAAUCAUUUUAAUUUCUUCAAGCUCAGUAUGUGAAGCUUCUAGUGUUUGAGCAUCAGACCCUCCAGUCAAUAAAUGCAAAGGUUGUAAAGCACUAAGGGUCCCCUAUAAGCUUAAAAGAUGUGCUGCCACUCCGUUAGCAUACUUGUGCAAUAUUUGGUAGCAUGACAAGGGGAACACUUUCUGCACUGUAGCUUUCCCCCCUCUGAGGAAAGAUUCUGUUCAAAGUCUACCUGGGAGGUUUGUUCCUUAUCUGGUGCAUUGAAAACAUGAUACGAGUGGGAACUGUAACAUGUCCAGGAAAAAAGUUUGGUUUGCUACACUCCCUGCCUCUACAUGGAAUUUCCCUAAUGCCAGUACUUGUUUGGCUUGCCAGGUUGGCAUGAUCAAUGCAACUCUGUUUAAAUGUAUCUUAGUAUUUCCACUUAUUCCUUCUUUACCAACGAAGGGUGCUUCUGAAAAAACAAGCUCUUAUUCCAUCUCCUUUGUUCCCCUCCCCCCAAAUCUUUGAAGGAUUGAUUGAGGGAACAGAAAAGGUUACCAAAUAUCAUGCUAUUGUACCAGGCAUGGAAUCUAGUAUUAAGAUUUUUGUUGUUGUUAGCAUUAAGCCAACCAAAUUUGGCCAAAAUCUGUUUUGUAACGUGCAUGUAAAAGCUGUGAAUUGAUGUAUGCUCUUUGUUGCCUUCUGACUACAAGCCUGACACAAACUGUUGCAGUGCUGACUAGCUGUGAUUUAGGAACAGCUUAUGGGUGUGAGUGUGUGCCCUUUCCUCCCUUUCAAAAACGUUUGCAAAACUUGAGCUGGACUGUUGAGCGGGACCUACUUUUCAUAAUUGGUGAAAAUAAUACAAAGUUUGUAAGCUAUUUUGUGUUUGGGGGGAUGAUUAUUGUACAAUAGUGUUUUUAUAUGCAAAAUGUACAGAUAUAUUGAAAAAUGUACACUUUUGUUACUUUAAUAAAAAUGUAGCAAUUUAAAUACGUUGCUGGAAAUAA